GAGCGCCCAGCGAAGCGAGGGUUUCGUCGCCGAGCGAGCGAGAACGAUGGCGACGGAGAAGGGAGAGAAGGGAGCGACGGAGGCGGAGAAGGAGAAGGGAGCGGCGGCGGCGAAGGAGGUGGCCGGCGGCAAGGAGAUCACCCUGAAGAGCUCGGAGGAGGAGGAGUUCCGCGUAUCGGAGGAGGCGGCAAAGCUGUCUUCGCUCCUCGCCGACAUGAUCAAGGACAAAGGCCUCGCCAACGACGUCAUCCCGCUCCCCAAAGUCCCUUCCCGAGCCCUCGACACGGUGAUCAAGUACUGCACCAAGCACGCCAACGCCGCCACCAAGCCCGCCGACUCCGACCCCAGCGCUGCGGCCGGCAGCAGCAGUGCCAACGCCGCGGCAUCGUCCGAGGACCUGGAGAAGUGGGACCGCGAGCUCGUCGACAGCCUCGGCCAGGACGCCCUCUACGACCUCAUGCUCGCCGCCAACUACCUCGAUAUCCAGGGGCUCCUCGACGCCACCUGCCAGAAGGUCGCCGACAUGAUCAAGGGCAAGACCACCGCGCAGAUCCGCGCCACCUUCAACAUCGUCAACGACUUCACCGAGGCGGAGGAGGAGGAGAUCCGAAGGGAGUACGCCUGGGCUUUCGACAACUAGCAGCCUUGUUUCGAAGCCAUUGCUGCGCUAACAUCCCACUGGAUCUGCCGGCCAAGCGGUUCUGUUCUACUGCCUCCUUUCUUACUAACGUCCCGUCCUAGUGGUUGCUUCGUAAUUACGUUGUCUCGGAUCGAUCUGUUCAGAUCAACCCGGUCUUCACACUUGCUUAGCCAUUUUCACUUCGUCAUGUAGAAGAACAGAAUCGAUCGUUUGGUGGAAGUUUUGAACUGCUUGCCUGAAGUGAAUGAAUACCCACAUCCUGAAUUGCCUGCCAUUUAUGAUUGAUCCCAUUAAUUGCUCUAUCUCUGUUGAAUGUGUGCUUCUGCUCUUGAUCGAUCUGUUCUGGCUAGUU